GUCCUUCCUGUUUCUCAAUAGACAAGUCCCAUUUGCUCAAACACAAAUGCCGCCGUCCAAGCUGCGCGACUUGAUCCGCCAGAUCCGCGCGACCAAGACCGCCGCCGAUGAACGCGCCGUCAUCACCAAGGAGUGCGCGCUCAUCCGCACGGCCAUCCGCGAGGAAGAGCCCGAGUACCGCUGCCGCAACGUCGCCAAGCUCCUCUACAUUCACAUGCUCGGCUUCCCCGCGCACUUUGGCCAGCUCGAGUGCUUGAAGCUCGUCGCAUCACCGCGCUUUGUCGACAAGCGCAUCGGCUACCUCGGCGUCGCACUCCUGCUCGACGAGAAGGCCGAAAUCGGUCUCCUCGUCACCAACUGCUUGAAAAACGAUAUGUGCUCGUCCAAUCAGUACAUUGUCGGCCUCGCCUUGUCGACGUUUGGCUCGAUUGCUUCGCCCGAAAUGUGCCGCGAUCUGGCCAGCGAGGUUGAAAAGCUCCUCAAGAGCUCGAACGCGUUUGUUCGCAAGAAGGCCGCCUUGGCUGCAGUGCGCAUUGUUCGUAAGGUGCCCGAGCUUGUGGAAAACUUUGUCCCUGGCACUCGCGCACUUCUCGGCGAGCGCAACCACGCCGUCCUCCUUACUGGCGUGACCCUCAUGAACGAGAUUUGCGCCAUUUCGCACGAUUCUCUCGUCCACUUCCGCAAGCUCGUCCCGCACCUCAUUCGCAUUCUCAAGGCUUUGCAAGUUGCGGGCUCCAGCGCCGAGCACGAUGUCGGCGGUAUUACUGAUCCAUUCCUGCAGGUCAAGGUGCUGCGUCUGCUCCGUAUGCUGGCCAAGGACGAUUCUGAGAGCAGUGAGGCGCUGAACGAUCUGCUGGCUCAGAUUGCAACAAACACCGAUACCGUCAAAAACGUCGGCAACUCGAUUCUCUACGAGACCGUUCUCUGCAUCAUGGAUAUUCGCUCCGAGACGGGAUUGCGCGUCCUUGCCGUCAACAUUCUCGGUCGCUUCCUCGGCAACUCUGACAAGAACAUUCGCUACGUGGCUUUGAAUACGCUGCUCAAGAUUGUUCAUGCCGAUCAAACGGCAGUCCAACGCCAUCGCAACACAAUUCUCGAGUGCCUGAAAGACUCGGACGUGACCAUCCGUCGUCGCGCCGUCGAGCUGCUUCUGGCCCUCGUCAAUCAAGCCAACAUUCGCGCUCUUGCCCAAGAGCUGCUAUUGUUCCUCGAGAACUGCGAGUCCGAGUUUAAGAGCUUCCUAACCACUGAGCUCUUCCUUGUCGCCGAGCGCUACUCGCCUUCUCGCCGCUGGCACAUUGACACCGUGCUCAGGAUUAUCACCAUGGCUGGUGCCUUUGUCCGCGAUGACUCGGUUUCGUCGCUCAUUUCGUUGAUCACCCAGACACCCGAGCUCCAAGGGUACGCCACGCUGCACCUUUACCAGGCGUUGCAGGAAGACAUCAUCCAGCAGCCGCUCGUCCAGGUCGCCGUCUGGUGCAUUGGCGAGUAUGGUGAUUUGCUCGUUUCGGGCGAACCCUCGACCGAGGAGCCGCCAAUCCAGAUUCCCGAGUCGGACGUGCUCAGCCUAAUCGAGUCGAUUCUCCGGUCCCCCCACUCGUCCGUGAUUACAAAGGAGUUUUCCAUCAACGCGCUCAUCAAACUCACGACGCGCUUGUCGGCGGGCAACAUUGACCGCAUUCGUAACGUGCUGCGCUUCUUUUCUCGCUCGCUCGAGGUUGAGCUGCAGCAGCGCUCGGCAGAGUACUCGAACAUGUUCAUUGUGGAUCACCUGCGCGCGCCACUGCUCGAGCGAAUGCCAGUGUUGGUGUCUCACAUUGCCGAGCACAACGAGAACGAGGGCAUCGUCAUGAAUGAGCCCGAGCAAGAGACCAUCAACCCCACCGCGAUUGCUGCUUCGUACCACGCGGCUGCUCAGGCGGCCGCGGCUGCUGCGCCCGCCAGCUUCAACGGCGGCGGCAGCUCCCUGCUCGACCUCCUUGACUCUGGUUUUGGCGGCUCGGCGACGCCAGCUGCGACAUCCUUUGGUGGCGGUGCCGCCGCUGCUGGUGGCUUUGGCAUGGGUGCAGCACCUUCUGCUGGCGCUGGCCAUGACAUGCUGGAUUUGCUUGGCGGUGGCUUUGGCGCUUCUGCUCCGGGACCCACAGCCCCAGUGUCUCAGCCUGCUGCUAGCUCGUUGUUGGACAUUAUGGGCGACUUUUCCAGCCCGGUUGCUGCUGCUCCUGCCGCCAACCCGGCCACGACCAUUGUUGCGUACGAAAAGAAUGGCCUGCGCAUCACUUUCGACUUGUCCCAAGACCCGGCUUCGGGCUUGCUCGCCAUCCAUGUUACUUCGGUCAACCAGACGGCCAACGCAUUCAACAACUUUGUUUUCCAAGCAGCGGCUCCCAAGUCGGUCAAGCUCACCAUGAUGCAACCCUCCGACGCCCAUCUUGUGCCUGGCGGCCGUGUUGUUCAGGACAUGCAAGUGGACAACCCCACCCAUCGUCCUCUUCGCUUCCGUCUCAAGAUCAACUUUACCGUCAACCAGUCCCCUGUGGAGGUUUUGGAUGAAGUCAGCAACUUCCCUGCGACUUUUGUGUAGUUUUUUUUUUCCUUCUUGUUAAAUUUUGUGGUUGUUGUUGUUUGUUGAUGUCUUUUUGCUUUUUGGAUCGUUUGAAAACAUGGUGCGUGUUGGGAUCAUGCAUUUCUGUGAUUUAUGGGGCUGUUUUUUGAAAAAGGUAGCAUCACCAUGUCUUUCACUCCCAUCGCGUCGCUGAGCUCUGCAAUUGGUUUCCCCUGCCCUGCAA